UCCGGGCCACGCCCCCGGCUCCGAUUGGCUCCUUCGAAACAGGCGGCCGCGCUCGGCGGCGAACGGCGGCGGUUAGCGGGGGGGCGUGCGAGUACGCACGGCUGGAGCCCGAGUGGCGGGCAGGGAGAGUGGCCGCGCUCCCGGGCUGGUUCCAAGAAGUUGGCCACAUCAUGCUCAGGUGGCUGGUUUAUGUUGGGGCAGGAACUGAACUCAGAGGAAUCUAGUACUUUGUACCACCGUAGUACUGUUUUGAUGAUUUCAAGAGCAGACAGAGCUUUGGAGUCAGCACUGCUGUUUCUUUUGUUUCUGACAAAUUUUCACAGGAAGGGUAGAUGACCAUGCAGCCUGCAAUCCAAGUGUGGUUUGGGGAAGAUCUGCCUCUAAGUCCCAGGUGUCCCCUGACGCCCAGACACGGCCCGGGACUGGCUGAUGUUUGUCAGUAUGACGAGUGGAUAGCUGUGCGCCAUGAAGCCACUCUGCUGCCUAUGCAAGAAGAUCUCUCUAUCUGGUUGUCUGGCUUACUAGGUAUUGACAUAAAGGCAGAAAGGUUAUUGGAAGAACUUGAUAACGGAGUGCUGUUGUGCCAGCUAAUCAAUGUUCUUCAAGACAUGGUCAAAGCCUGCCACUCUGAAGCACCGGGGAAUUUUCCAAUGAGAAAAGUGCCGUGUAAGAAAGAUGCUGCGUCUGGUUCGUUCUUUGCCAGAGACAACACAGCAAACUUCCUUCACUGGUGUCGGCACAUCGGGGUUGACGAAACGUACCUCUUUGAAUCGGAAGGGUUAGUUUUACAUAAAGACCCCAGACAGGUGUACCUUUGCCUUCUCGAGAUUGGUCGAAUUGUUUCAAGAUAUGGAGUUGAGCCACCAGUCUUAGUGAAACUUGAGAAAGAGAUUGAGUUGGAGGAGACCUUGCUUAAUGCCUCGGGGCCUGAAGACUCCUUCAGCAUACCCAAAACAUGCUGUCAGCAUGAAGAACUGCAUGAGGCAGUUAAACACAUUGCUGAGGAUCCUCCUUGUAGCUGUUCUCAUCGAUUUUCUAUUGAGUACUUAUCGGAAGGAAGGUACCGGCUGGGGGAGAAAAUCCUCUUCAUAAGGAUGCUUCAUGGAAAACACGUUAUGGUCCGUGUUGGGGGAGGCUGGGAUACGCUGCAAGGAUUUUUGCUGAAAUAUGACCCCUGUCGAAUACUGCAGUUUGCUACACUAGAACAAAAAAUUUUAGCCUUUCAAAAAGGAGUUUCUAAUGAAAGUGUGCCAGAUUCGCCUGCCAGAACGCCUCAGCCUCCCGAAAUGAACCCUUUGUCUGCGGUUAGCAUGUUUCAGAAACAAAAUUUAAAACCUGGCACGCCAGUGAGUGCUGCGAAAAGCAAGGAAAAGCAGGUCCGCCCACCAGGUGUGCCGCCCCCUGCACCGACAGUGAAAGGUAAUCCAGCUCCCCCGUCAUCUACUCGUAAACCUCCAGAUCCUCCAGCAUCCCUUUCCCAUCCCAGGGUCGCGUCUUUGAAGGACACAGCAAAAAAGACGCAUGCUCCUUCCAAUAACGCAUCAUCUUCCGUGGCGGCUCUAAAUCCAGCCGGCAAAACAAGCGCUACACAGUGUGCCUCGGGGUCUCUGAGAAACUGCGUCACAGUCCCCAAGACUACCAAGACCAAGGCUAGUCCAGCCCAGAAGUCAAGAGAGCUGGCCAAGCCCAGACUUUUGCCAAGUAAGCAUUCUGGAAAGAUGGAACCAAAGCAUUUGAAACACAAUCAUCUUUCUUCCAGGGAUGAGUCACCUGUAAAUUUAUCAUCAAAGUGCCCAAAGCUACCUAAAGGAACCCUACACCAAAGGCCUAACCCUUCUCCUUUCCAGUCGCCUGCAAAAGUGACAAAACCCAGUGCUAGAACCAGAGCCCUAGGUCUGGGGAGACAGCCUCAGCCACCUGAGAGCACUCUGGAAUCAAGGACAGACUCAGCACAAAGACUUCAGUCUACCUUGAGUUCAAAUCAUGCCGCUCCUGGCUGUGCUGUGUCCUCUGCAAAAGCUACUCAGGAAUCAAAACGUAAGAAUGUAGUUGCAGUUGCCAAAAAGCAACCUCAGAGUAAGGGUACCUGCCAGAAUACGAGACCCGGCUCCUCGAAGUCUCCUGGCCGUACCCCGCUGUCCACUGUGACUGUUCCCCAAUCUGCUGCCAAGACAGAAACUGUCUCAAAGUCAGCACAGACUGCCACGAAGGGCCAGUCCUCAGCUAAAGGGCCCCCCAAAAGCGGCAAGUCACCAGCAUCUGCCAGGACACCACCCUCAUCUGGUAAGGGAGCAGACAGUGGAGAGAAAAAGUCUACUGCCAAGAAAAAGGAAGAUGAUGACCAUUAUUUUGUUAUGACUGGAAGUAAGAAGCUUAGAAAAUAAGUAUGUUUGUAUUGUUCUUAACAAAUCAGGGUGACCAAGCGUAAUGGUGAUCAGUCAAUGGUGAUCCCCAGUGAUCACAAAAGACCUUCCGAUUUGUGUUUGUGCAGAGGGCUGGAGACAAGAGGUCAAGAUGGGAGAGGGAGGCAGGGACAAGGCUGGGGUGAGGAGAGGAUGCACGUGCUUUUUUUAUAUUAACAGACAAAUGCAUGAGUGAUGAUGUGUACUGCUUGAGGGAGACGUAAAAGUCCGACAACACUACCAGAACUGUAACUAUAGUAGCUGUAUUUUUUACUAGGUAUUAACUAUGGAGACUGUCUGCUAAUAGCAACUCCAAUGCUCUUAAACACUAGUUACUGUGUCUGUCACAAAGCAGUGUUCUCUUGGCGCUAGUGUGUGCCUGUAAUCCCAGCUCUGAUGGCUGAGGCAGGGUUACACAGUAAACCUAGCAACGGUUUGACAUGUGCUGCAGGAGGCACCUAAGUUAAUUUCCUGAUCAGGAAUCCUAGUCCAGCAAUCCAAUGGCUGCUGCUGCUUAGAUUGACAUUAUUCUGAAUUAAAAGAAAUUCUUAUUGUUUAAAUCUCCAGCCUUUUAUAUCAGAAGGGACUGUUUUGUUUUGUUUUUAAUUAAACCAGGCUUUUGAUAAUAUUGGUAGCAUUUUGUAACCAGCAUUUUUGGUAAAAUACACACACACACACACACACACACACACCACCACAACAACAAAACCCAACCAAGUUAACUUUUUGAAACAAUUGAAACAUAACCUGAAAUUUAGUAAGAAGUAAGAUUUUUUUAAGAUAACAAUCUAGACACUUGUAUCUUGUAUUUUUAGAUGAAGUCUGCAGUAUGGCAGCGAAACAGAUUUCAUUGCUUUUGGCAUAUUAAAAUAUUUUAAGUGAAUAGGUAUUUCCUAUGUGUACAGAUAAGUAUUUUUGCAUUAAAAUAAUGUGUUUUGAUACCAUAAUUAUGUUUUAAUGAUCUUAAAAUUGAGAGGCAUUUCUUGUGAGGCGUGAGGACUGGAGAUGAGAUCCCAGCACCUUGGCCACGAUCUGGUAAGUGCGAUGCUCUGCCUGUAGUUCCAGUCUCAGGAGGAAGAGACAGGAUGUCCUGGACAAGCUGGCUGGCUACGUUAGGCAAAUUGAUGAACUCCAGCUUUUUUUCUUUUUUCAAGAUCCUGCCUUAAUAAAUAAUGGAGGAAGACACCCAGUCAAUUUCUGGGCUAAUGCACGUAUGCACACUAAACUUUAUGCACACCACAUGCAUCCAUAUGCACAUACAAUUAAGGUGGUGUUAAGAGUCUUAGAAUUAGUGAUACUGUGUACACAUUCUAUCAGGCAACUUGUAUUUCUUUUGAUAGCACACCAUUGAUUUUAAUUAGAUUCUCCAAAUUAUGUUAAUCUUUUCAAUAAAGCUAUAUUGUGCUCAGUUUUCCAGGGGCCAGCAGACAGACAGUGUAUGUGUGUUGCCUUCUGUUCUGUAGGCAGAUUCUCUUUAGGAACAUCCAAAUGGUAUAAUGACAGCAUGAACUCCUUCCACCCACAGGGGCACUUGUAAAUAAUUUAUGUACAGGCCUGUCACUAUUUAAAGUGUAUUAAUGUAUUGUGCUAAGUUUUAAGGUUUUAAGUAACUAUGAUAUUAUCAGUUUCAUAAGCUUUAGGGGGGAAAGCAGGUAUGGUGUUACAUGCUUAUAAUUCCAGCCCUUGGGAAAUGGAGGCAGGAGGAUCAGAAAUUCAAGGUCAUCUUCAGCUAUGUCCUGGAGACAUGUCUCAAAAAAAAGACAAAUUGGCAUUUUGACUUCUCUCUUUUCUAUGUUCCUUUCUGUUUUAUCUCCGCCCCAUCCUCUUUCUCUUCCUUUAUUUUCUUUGUGAUACGGAGGAUGCAUUCUGGGGUGUCUCACAUGCUAGAUAAGCAUCACCACUGAGCUCCAUCUCCAGCCCCAUACGGUUUCUAAAGCCAAACAAGAUAGUUUACACAGAAGUGCAAUGAGUGAGUGACUAAGCAUCUUAGCUGGCUGCCGUCAUCCUCUAGCUGUACAGCAGGAGAACCUUGUGUAAGUGUCAGUGAUUUUAUACCCCAGGGGUAUACCCGAGGGCUGUGGCUACGAUCAAAAAUCUCAGAUGCUUACAACAGAGCCACCAAGUACUGGGCUUGUUUCCUUCCAUCAGGGCCUCGAGAAUGGCAAUAUUUAGAAAGCAACUCUAGUGCGCAAGAGGUGCCAGGAGCAUUCCGAGUAAUCGGGAAUAUCUAAUGCACUUUUCAGAGAGGAACAACUGCACCUUUUAGAGGUUAUCCCCAUAGAGAGGGUCAUAAACUGUUUCUGGAUCUGCGGUGUCUGAGAAUUAAAGGAAAUUGUAAGUUAUACUAUAGGUAGACCUAGCCUGUGGUUCAGUGGAUUGCACAAUCCUAUAAAUGUUAUCUUUUGUGCUGGGUAAUCAGGAAUAAAGAUACUCCCCAGACAGAUGGCACAAAUUCCAGAAUUAACUUUAGAAUUAUUUAUUUGGAAAAUAAAGUUUAUGUGUCUGUUCUUCAGCAGAGGGGGAUUUAUCCAACUAUAGUCAUUUAGGAUGAAUUAUCCCAUUCUGUGUAUGUUGUCUUCCCCAUAUGUAGGUUUUAUGUGAAUAAAUCCCAUGGGGCUGGAGAAAUGGCUCAGCAAUUAAGAACCUUUGUUAUUCUUGCAGAGGACCUGUGUUCCUUUUCCAGAGCUCACAUCAUGGCUGACAACCAUCCACCAUUUUGUUAGAGGGUAUCUGAUGCCUUCUUCUGGCCUCCACAGGCACUAAGCAUGCAUAUGGUACACAUACAUACAUGGAGGCAAAUAAAUCUUUUUUCUCACAAAUUAAAAAAAUUAAAUCCAUUGUAAUAUAUUUUGAAUUUUUCUAAAGGAGCUGAUGAAUCUCUGCCACAAUUAAAAGCAUUUACAUUGCAGUUGUAUUCAUUUCUUCUUAGUAAUGACAUGAAAUCAUCUAAGGUUUUUGUGUUUAAUAUUUAAUAAAACAAAAUACUAAGCAUAAAAUGCUGAAGUACCUGGAAGACAAAAUAUGUGUUUUUUAAAAUAUAUGUUUUUAUUUUUCUUUGCUAUAAUUUAUUAAUGUGUAAUUACAUAAAACUUAACAGGAAAGUGAAAUUAUUAUUUUUACAUUGUGGUUCAAGUAGGGUAUUUGAAAAGUAGCCCAUGGCAUCUCAAUCUCCAAGUGGAUCCCUAGUAAGGGGAACAGGGGCUAUCUCUGACAUGAACUCAGGGACUGGCUUUUUGAUCACCUCCUCCUGAGAAGAGGGGAAACCUUACCAGGCCAUAGAGGCACCCAGUCCUGAUGAGACCUGAUGGACUAGGGUCAGAUGGAAGGGAAGGAGGACCUCCCCUAUCAGUGGACUUGGAGAGGGGCAUGGGAGGAGAUGAGGGAGAGAGGGUGGGAUUGGGAGGAGACAAGGGAGGAAGCUACAGCUGGGAUACAAAGUGAAUAAAAAGUGUACUGUCAGAAUGCUUGGAGUAAUUAGUGACCUUGAAAUGUCAUCAGCUCUUUAAAGCGUUUUUUUGUUUUGUUUUGUCUUGUUUUGUUUUAUUUUUCUUAGACAAGAUUCAUUAUGUAGCCCAGGCUGGCUUUGAGGUCAUAGCAAUCCUCCUGGCUCACCCUCCUGAGUACUGAGUUUGCAGGUUUGAGCCACCAUAUCCAGCUGUUGUUCUUAGUGGAUAAAGGAAUAUUUUGGAGAAAAUAAUUUCUUGUGUGAUCUUUUUAUAGCUGUCUAAUUUAAAAUCUGUUACUUCCUUAAAAGGAGCUAAUAAAGAUUAUGAUGUAUUCUUAUAUCCAAGUUUCAUACACUCUACAUGAAAUUGAAUUUGUAUAUAUUCUGCUUUUUUGUGCCAGCAGUAUUUGUAUCCAUUUUAACUUAUAUUUUCUCAAGUAUUAAAAUGUAAACAUAAACCA